GUUAUUUUGACGUCUCUUCAUCAGUCUCUCUGCCUCUGGACAAUGAUUUGUGGGAGUUGCCGUCGUCGCUUCUGAAAGACGCUGUUGCCACGGCAUUAGCCUCUCAGCUUGCGAGUGGCCAGAGUAGUGCAGAUGACUUCCUUUGCAAAAGGCACACCAGAAUCCCAGCUGACCAAAAACACCCUGAAGAGAGAACAUGUAGCCAGACUUCCUGUUAAGAGUUGUAUGGACUGUUUCUUGGGAGAACAAAGGAACACCAGUGUAAUAAAUCUCAAGUUCACUGACUUCUUUAGCCUUUAACGGUAACAAAUGUGAGCUAAUUGGAAGCUGCACCACAUUGUUGAGACACGGGACGCUUGUCUAUCCGGGAAAGCAAACUUUUAAACAUUCAAAAUGGGAAAGGAUUAUUAUUCUGUUCUUGGAAUUGAAAAAGCGGCAUCUGAUGAAGACGUCAAGAAGGCUUACCGAAAGCAAGCCCUUAAAUGGCAUCCAGAUAAGAACAAAUCUCCUCAUGCAGAAGACAAAUUCAAAGAGAUUGCAGAAGCCUACGAGGUCCUCAGUGAUCCCAAAAAGAGAGAAAUCUAUGAUCAAUUUGGAGAGGAAGGACUGAAAGGAGGAGCUGGAGGAUCAGAUGGGCAAGGUGGCACAUUCCGGUACUCUUUCCAUGGAGACCCACAUGCCACAUUUGCAGCAUUCUUUGGUGGUGCAAAUCCUUUUGAAAUCUUCUUUGGAAGAAGGAUGCCUGGUGGUAGGGACACUGAAGACAUGGAAGUGGAUGGAGAUCCGUUUGGUUCCUUUACUACUUUUAGUAUGAAUGGAUUUCCAAGAGAGAGAAACACUCUUGGUAGCCAACAACGUCGUAAACAAGAUCCUCCUGUUGUUCAUGAACUCAAGGUAUCCUUGGAAGAGAUUUAUCAUGGCUGUACAAAAAGAAUGAGGAUUUCCCGAAAAAGGCUCAACCCAGAUGGAAGAAGUGUCAGAACAGAGGACAAAAUCCUUACCAUUGAUAUCAAGAGAGGAUGGAAAGAGGGUACCAAAAUUACAUUCCCAAAAGAGGGUGAUGAAACGCCUAACACCAUCCCAGCAGAUAUUGUGUUUGUUAUUAAAGAUAAAAUUCAUCCUCACUUCAAGAGGGAUGGGUCAAAUAUUGUCUACCCUGUUAAGAUCAGCUUAAGGGAGGCUUUAUGUGGCACCUCAAUUAAUGUACCAACAAUAGAAGGUCGAACCAUACCUAUGACAGUAAAUGAAGUUGUAAAGCCUGGAAUGAGGAGAAGAAUUAUUGGAUAUGGCUUACCUUUCCCAAAAAAUCCUGACCAACGAGGUGACUUAAUUAUAGAAUUUGAAGUCCUCUUCCCAGACAGUAUAGCUCCAGCAUCAAAAGAAGUACUCAGGAGAAAUCUUCCCGUUUCUUAAGGAAAUUACUUUCAUGAACUGUUCCAAGAGGACAAUUGGAAUUGAAAAAUUUGAAAAUGUGCAGGUUUAUGCUGUAAAAGUGCAAUAUCUAACUGUGGAACUUUCUUCUUUGUGUGUGAAUGGGGGUGGGAUUAUGCAGUGCUGCAUGAGAAUAGAAGAGAAAUACAAAGGACUUGCAGUCUAGUAUUAAGCUAAAACCACUUGCUGUGUAUUGGAUCUUCCUUUUCAAAUUUUUAUCCUGUAUUUUGCUUACAUGUAAAAUGUAAUGGAAGGGAGGGAAAGUGCAUAUUUCUGAUGAAGUGCUUGAGUUUCAAAACACUUUGUUCCAGAUGUUGGUUUAUCAUCUAUGUGAAGUAUUAUUAUAUUGCACUAUCAGUAUUCAUAAUACAAUUCUAUGUAAUUUUUUUUUUUUGCAAUAUUCAUGUUGUGUGUGCAAUAUUCAUCUUGCUCUGUUUACAUUUCUCAAAGCAGAAGGCAGGAAAUAUCGCUUGAAAUGUUCAUGAGCCCAAAGAAGUAGCAGCUUUCCUGUACUGUUGUAGAUGUUGAUGGAUUCCUUUUUUUGCUCAGUACUCUACUAAUGAGCAUGCUGAGGUUCAAUAUUUCAAGAUGCACCCUUCUUGGCCUAGCAGAUUUCCUGACAAAACACCUCUGAGAAGAACAGUUGCUUUAAUAUCUCUUACAGCAUUCCCGCUUGAUAUAGUUGACAGAAAAAGGAUCAUUUGAACAGUUGUCUCAGGAUAAUUGGCCUACACUGAGUAUAUGAAACACAAUAUCAGUCUUUUACAGGUUGAUCCCUCCUGCAAAAGCCCAUUGCAACUGAAGAAUCUGAAAGCCUGACAUGAAUUAUCUGAGGGAGAGAAAGCAGUAUUCUAGUUUUCUAAAAAUCUCUACAGGGCUUGCAACCUUUCGGAUGGCAAAAUAAGAUUACUAAAUUUGCUUUCAGCAUUUGUCUUGAAACAUGCUGCAGUGUGUUAACGUUUGUGAUUCCUCUUCUGUUUGUUUAUAAGAAAGUAUUUGAUUUCAUUUUACAUUUGAAUGUGCUAGAUAGCUGCACUGUUAGCCACAAGGUGAUAAACAGUUUUAUAUGGUUCUAUGGGGAAAAAAUUUCUACAUGGAAUGAGAAAAAAAUUCUUGUUUUCUAAAAAGGAGAAAAAAUUCUGUUUUCUAAGCACUGGCAUGUUUAAAAUCCAAAGUAAUCCUCUAUUUAAAAGCCCAUCUAGAAAUCAGAUAAGUAAAUUGACAACUUUUCAUAAGAUUCAAUGAAUGGGUAUAAACUAAUACGUACAGCCCAGAGCUGAAAAGGACCUUAGAACUCUGGUCCAUGACAUGAGAAGUAAGAGAGAAGAUUGCUGCUUACUCCUUAUGGAUAUUGUUGAUGCACUUAAAUAUCCUUUAUAGUCUCUAUUGCAUUUCAUAUGUUUUUUAAUUAAAUUUUUUUGUUUCUAA